GAAUGUUUUUGCCUCGGAAGGUUUCAUUAUUUACAUGACUUCUUUAUUUGAAGGUGUUAUUAAUUUUAUGAUGUGAUAUUCUCUUUUAUGAGGGCCCUGUCUCUUCUCGGACAAACUUGAUUGUUGUAAUGCCAUCGCGUGUUUUUCCCGGCCCGAUAUGAGCAUAGUCUGCCGCACUGACAAAGGGUGGGUCGUAUCCCAUUAUGAUUACACCAAGAAAAUCUACACCAACGUCCUUUCCCACUCGGGCCUGAUCGACCUGACGUACAACAAGAACCUGUUCAACAUCAUCACGCCUCUGAUGAGGGACCGAGAAGUCAGGAAUUUUCUGAAAGACGUCAGCGAAAAAGAAUUCGUCCUGUCGAAGGAUCUGAAAAGAAAGGGCGUCAAGUCGACUCUGUUCGACCACGAAAUAAAAUCCGUUGAAAAUUUGUUCAUAGAAAUAGUGGAUUUAGCUAAGAAGAAGAACCUUUUUCUCGGUGAACCCAGCGAGGAAGACUAUUUGAGCAAUAACCGAGAUGCGAGGGAAUUCGCUGAGAGGCUGUCGAGCGUUUCACACAAACUGAUUUGUAAAGGAGGCAAUAACUCUGCUUCGCCUUUGAUAGCAACUAUCGAAGGCAGAGAUUAUGUCAUCCCUUCAUCCUGUCUCUUUUUCUCAUGUGACAUAAGGGCAAUAGAACAGAAAUUAGACGGUUCUAGAUAUGACUUUGUCCUUCUUGACCCUCCCUGGAGGAAUAAAUUCGUCCGAAGAAAAAAAUUACUCAACCAAGGAUACGAUAUGUUAAGUAAUGACGAUAUUAAAGAAAUUCCUAUUUCCAAAAUGUUAAAUAAUAAUGGCUUAGUAGGAGUGUGGUGCACUAAUGCUCCAUCUCAUAUAGAAUCAGUCAAAGAGACUUUAUUCGAGAAAUGGGGUUUAGAAUACUGUGCGACUUGGUUUUGGGUUAAGGUCACUCGAUCAGGAGAGCCGAUUUGUCCAUUUUAUAGAAAUCACAGCAAAAAACCCUACGAGAGAAUAAUUUUUGGACAUGUAUGUGGGCACAACAAUCGAGUGCCUGAAGAAAAUAAGAUAAUAGUUAGUGUGCCUAGUUCUGUACACUCCCAUAAACCUCCUUUGCCAGAAAUAUUAUCUGAUUAUUUGCCGAACAAACCUAAAUGCAUAGAGCUGUUCGCUAGAUACUUGCUACCAGGAUGGACUAGUGUUGGUGACCAAGUUCUCUCCUUACAGUAUGUUCCAUAUUUUGAAACUGAUGCUAGCGAAGAAGUUUCUAAGUAAAUAUUUAAAAAAAAAAAUGUUUUACAACAUACCACUCUGUGAUAUACCAUUUGGUCUGUUGAUAAAUAAAUUAGAAUUGUUUAAGUA